GUUCUAGUAUUUCUUUUAUUAUUAUCUUAAUAUUACUUAUUUUCUCAGUCAAAGUAAUUUUUUAGUAGCAUUUCUUGAUUGCCAAGUUUCAAAUCAUUUUCAUUGUUCAACAACUUUUCUUGAUUUCCAAGCAUCAAUCUACUAUGAAAAAGCAAUUCCGUUUAUCAUCCGAUUCAAAAAGUCGGCCUUAACAGUUCCUAGUUACUGUCUAAAUUGGUUUCUCGAUUAUAGCCGUACUUCUUGGUCCUUGUUUGGAUAUGUGAGAUACUUUGAUCGUAGAUUGUUCGUAUCAUUGUUUGACUUUUUGUUUUUUGAGGAAUACCUUCAUAUAAUUCAGGUUUUCUGUCACAUUUGAAGACCAAUCAAGAUGGUCAAGUUCACAGUAGAGAAGCUUCGCAAUAUUAUGGACUAUAAGCAUAAUAUCAGAAAUAUGUCAGUUAUUGCACAUGUUGAUCACGGAAAAUCAACUCUUACCGACUCUCUUGUGGCUGCUGCUGGUAUUAUUGCACAAGAAGUUGCUGGAGAUGUCCGGAUGACUGAUACACGUCAAGAUGAGGUUGAACGCGGUAUCACAAUUAAAUCAACCGGAAUCUCUCUCUACUACGAAAUGAGCGACGAGUCCUUGAAGAACUUCAAGGGAGAUAGACAGGGAAAUGAGUAUCUUAUCAAUCUAAUUGACUCACCUGGGCAUGUGGACUUCUCAUCAGAGGUCACAGCUGCUCUUCGCAUCACUGAUGGUGCACUGGUGGUGGUGGAUUGUGUGGAGGGUGUUUGUGUGCAAACUGAAACUGUGCUCAGGCAGGCACUUGGUGAAAGGAUUAGACCUGUGUUGACUGUUAACAAAAUGGACAGAUGCUUCCUUGAACUGCAGGUGGAUGGAGAGGAAGCCUACCAAACUUUCCAGAGGGUUAUUGAGAAUGCCAAUGUGAUUAUGGCCACUUAUGAAGAUCCCCUUCUUGGUGAUGUCCAGGUCUAUCCUGAGAAUGGAACAGUGGCUUUCUCUGCUGGUCUGCAUGGUUGGGCUUUUACUUUAACCAACUUCGCCAAAAUGUAUGCCUCUAAGUUUGGAGUUGAUGAGUCUAAGAUGAUGGAACGCCUUUGGGGUGAGAACUUCUUUGACACGGCUACUAGGAAAUGGACCAGCAAGAAUACUGGUUCUCCUACUUGCAAGCGUGGUUUUGUUCAGUUCUGCUAUGAACCCAUCAGGCAGAUUAUCAAUCUUUGUAUGAAUGACCAGAAGGAUAAGCUUUGGCCAAUUCUGCAGAAGCUUGGUUUCACAUUGAAAUCCGAGGAGAAGGAUUUGAUGGGAAAGGCUUUGAUGAAGAAAGUCAUGCAGACUUGGUUGCCUGCAAGCACUGCCCUCUUGGAAAUGAUGAUUUUUCAUCUUCCCUCUCCUGUAAAGGCUCAAAAGUACCGCGUCGAAAACUUGUACGAAGGUCCUCUUGAUGAUAUCUACGCUAAUGCUAUAAGAAACUGUGAUCCUGAAGGACCUCUUAUGCUUUAUGUUUCAAAGAUGAUUCCUGCAUCUGAUAAAGGUAGGUUCUUUGCCUUUGGUCGUGUUUUCUCUGGCAAAGUCUCAACUGGAUUAAAGGUUAGGAUUAUGGGACCAAACUAUGUACCAGGGGACAAGAAAGAUUUGUAUGUUAAGAGCAUCCAGAGAACUCUUAUUUGGAUGGGAAAGAGACAGGAAACUGUAGAGGAUGUUCCUUGUGGUAACACCGUAGCUAUGGUUGGUUUGGAUCAGUUCAUCACCAAGAAUGCUACUCUGACAAAUGAGAAACAUGUCGAUGCUCAUCCAAUCCGAGCAAUGAAGUUCUCUGUUUCUCCUGUUGUGCGUGUGGCUGUGCAGUGCAGGGUUGCAUCCGACCUUCCUAAACUGGUUGAAGGUCUGAAACGUUUGGCCAAGUCAGAUCCUAUGGUGGUAUGUACUAUUGAGGAAUCUGGAGAAUACAUUGUUGCUGGUGCUGGAGAACUCCACCUCGAGAUCUGUUUGAAUGAUUUGCAGGAAGAUUUCAUGGGUGGAGCUGAGAUUUUAAGAUCUGAUCCUGUUGUAUCUUUCCGCGAGACUGUCCUUGACAAGUCUAGUCGUACCGUGAUGAGCAAGUCACCUAACAGGCACAAUCGUUUAUACAUGGAAGCCAGGCCAAUGGAGGAGGGCCUUGCUGAGGCUAUUGAUGAGGGAAAGAUUGGUUCAAGGGAUGAUCCUAAAGUCCGUGCUAAAAUACUGUCCGAGGAGUUUGGAUGGGAUAAGGACGUUGCUAAGAAAAUUUGGUGUUUUGGCCCUGAGACCACUGGUCCUAAUAUGGUUAUUGAUAUGUGUAAGGGAGUACACUACCUCAAUGAGAUCAAAGACUCUGUGGUUGCUGGAUUCCAAUGGGCAUCUAAGGAAGGUGCAUUGUGUGAAGAAAACAUGAGGGGAAUCUGCUUUGAAAUUUGUGAUGUGGUUCUUCAUGCCGAUGCCAUCCAUAGAGGUGGUGGUCAGGUCAUUCCAACUGCUAGAAGGGUCAUUUAUGCUGCUCAGCUUACAGCCAAGCCCAGGCUUAUGGAGCCUGUAUACCUGGUGGAAAUUCAAGCUCCAGAGCAGGCUCUUGGUGGUGUCUACAGCGUGCUUAACCAGAGACGUGGACAUGUGUUUGAGGAAAUGCAGAGGCCAGGUACCCCACUAUAUAACAUCAAGGCAUAUCUACCGGUGAUCGAGUCUUUUGGGUUCUCAGGCACUUUGAGGGUUGCAACCUCGGGCCAGGCUUUCCCUCAGUCUGUAUUUGAUCACUGGGAUAUGAUGUCAUCUGAUCCAUUGGAGGGUGGUUCUCAGGCUGCACAGUUGGUUGUGGAAAUUCGCAGGCGAAAGGGCUUGAGGGAGCAGAUGAUUCCGCUCAAUGAAUAUGAGGACAUGUUAUAAGUUUGUGUUAAAUAAAAAUAAAUAAAUAAAAAAGGAGGGUUUAUAAGCUUGUAUGUUUGAGAUAUCAUUGUUUUGUUGAGAAACAAUGAUUUUGUUUGGCCUAGCUUAGCCUGCCCAACUUUAGUUUUGUUUAGUAGUGUUUUUGAGAGGCCAUCUAUAAUGUUUGUUUACUGGCUUAAAACUUUUUAUGUCUAGGUUCGGAUGCCUCUACUUUAGAUACAGUGCUUUUUUAUGUCUGUUAGUAGUACAUAUGUCAUUGUUAUUAAUAAUAAUCUUAUUUUACUUUUUCCGCA